UUUUCUUAUUAAAAUUAAAAUUCUCUCAUUUCACAACCACCACAUUCCCACAUUCUCGCCGGAAAAUUCAACUUUCCGGCGUACAUUCUUCAUACGUUUCACUCUCUUGAAAAAAAAUCAAGAAACUUGAGUAAAUCUUUAAUCUUUAAUCAUGUCAUCACCGUCGCCGGUGACUUCUCCGGCGCCCACAACACCACCACCGGCUGACACCACUUCACCACCACCCGCCGCCGCAUCACCACCGCCCACCACCCCUGCAUCCCCACCUCCGGCAGCCACUUCUCCUCCAUCCCCUGCCCCCCCUGUUUCUCCUGUUUCUUCUCCGCCGGCGCCGGACACUCCAGCUCCUGCAAUUUCCCCACCGGCGCCACCCACGUCCACCGCCUCACCGCCUCCGACCACCUCUCCCACCCCACCGUCUCCUCCGGCGCCACCCACUUCUAGAAACACUCCGCCGUCUCCUCCGGGCAGAUCUCCGCCGUCUCCGCCGCCGCCAAGAGGGGGUUCCAGUUCCACCCGUACUCCGGCGACAACAUCUUCGCCGGAGAAUAAUUCUCCGGCGAUUUCAACUGGGGUUGUUGUUGGGAUUGCUAUUGGUGGGGUUUUGAUUCUUGCUGUUUUGACUAUCUUGUUUCUUUGCUGUAAAAAGAAAAGAAAAAGAAGUCAAACUCCGGUGGGUUAUUAUGUUCCUCCACCACCACCACCACCACCUAAAGUUGACUCUUAUGGUGGUCAACCACAACAAUGGCAACAAAAUGCACCACCACCAAAUGAUCAUCUUGUAACAAUGCCACCAACAAAACCUAAGCCUAAACCUCCACCACCAAUGCCAGCUUAUACACCUCAGCCUCCACCGCCACCGCCGCCGUUUAGUAGUGGCGGGUCGGAUUCGAAUUAUUCCGGCGGUUCGACACCACUCCCUCCGCCGUCGCCUGGGAUGUCGCUAGGAUUUUCGAAGAGUACGUUUAGUUACGAAGAGUUAGCGAUGGCGACGGAUGGGUUUUCGGAAGCGAAUCUUCUUGGACAAGGUGGGUUUGGGUAUGUUCAUAGAGGGGUGCUUCCGAAUGGGAAAGAAGUGGCGGUUAAACAGUUGAAAACCGGUAGUGGACAGGGUGAGCGCGAGUUUCAGGCGGAGGUUGAGAUUAUUAGCCGAGUUCAUCACAAGCAUCUUGUUUCGUUGGUUGGAUAUUGUAUGACUGGAACUCAAAGAUUACUUGUUUACGAGUUUGUUCCGAAUAACACAUUGGAGUACCACUUACACGGAAAGAAUCGUCCCGUUAUGGAAUUCCCGACAAGAUUGCGAAUAGCACUAGGAGCUGCGAAAGGACUAGCUUAUCUCCACGAGGAUUGCCAUCCGAAGAUCAUUCAUCGCGAUAUUAAAGCUGCUAACAUACUUCUUGAUUUCCAUUUCGAAGCGAUGGUUGCCGAUUUUGGGCUUGCCAAGAUUACUUCUGAAGUUGCGACACAUGUCUCAACGCGCGUGAUGGGUACCUUUGGGUAUCUAGCUCCAGAGUAUGCAUCUUCCGGCAAACUCACAGACAAAUCAGACGUUUUCUCGUAUGGGGUCAUGCUCUUGGAAUUGAUCACUGGGCGUAGGCCCGUUGAUUCCGCUCAAACAUUUAUGGAUGAUAGUUUAGUAGAUUGGGCAAGACCGAUGCUCAGACGAGCAAUGGACGAUGGAAACUUCGACUCCAUAGUUGACCCACGUCUACGAAAAGAAUACAACCACGACGAAAUGGCCCGUAUGAUUUCCUGUGCCGCAGCCUGCAUACGCCACUCAGCCCGUCGCAGGCCCAGGAUGAGCCAAGUGGUCCGGGCCCUGGAAGGAGACGUUUCACUCUCCGACCUAAACGAAGGAAUCCGGCCCGGAAGCAGUUUUGGGUCGCACGGAAGCUCAGACUACGACGCAGGACAGUACAACGAGGAUAUGGUUAAGUUCCGGAAAAUGGCUUUAAGUACACAAGAAUACGCUAGCAGCGAAUAUAGCCGACCCACGACUGAAUACGGGUUGUAUCCAUCUGGGUCAAGCAGCGAAGGGCAGAACACCCGCGAAAUGGAAAUGAGCAAGUAUAAACGAGAUGGCCCGGGUUUCGGUGACGGGUUUUGAUCGUAAAACGGGCUCAUGUAUAAAGGUGGUUGCUAAUUCUUGAUGAUAUUUUGAUUAUUUCUUCUAUAUUUUGAUAUUUUUGAUUAUUUCUUCUAUGAUUUGUUGUGAGUUUGAUUUUGUAUUUAGUUUUGUUUUUAUACAACAGAAAUUCUUUUAUUUUUUGAUUUAAAGACUUGAAGGAGGGUGUUAUACUUU